UCAGCAUCAUCAAACAGACCAAUAGAAACCCCCAAUAAUACACUCGGCACCACCAGGUCAAAAUCCAAUGGAUCUAUCAUUGAAAAGCUUGCCCUCUGUGCAACUAGUUCACCACCACCCAUUCUCCUUCCAAAACAAGCAAAGCCAUGAACCAAAUGGCGUCAAGGAGCUCUUCCCAUCACCCUUCUUCCUCCAUUGCCACCCCAAGAUUUGGCACAAGGAAGGCAGCCAUGAUCAGGUUCAUCAGAGCUCGAGUGCACAGCUGCAGCUCCAGCAAUGCACACCUACCCCAGCCUGCAGCACCUGUCAAGAUGGUGUUUGAAGACCAGGUGAGAGGAGUGGUAUGCUACAGAGAUGACAAGGGGGAGGUGAUCUGUGAAGGGUUCGAUGAAGGGCCAAGGCUUGGCAUGCGGCUACCCGAGAAGGCCUGCUUCCCAUGGCCUAUGGGUGUUCAGGUCACCGAUUUCAUCGAGCUGUCGACGCUUCGAGUUUUCGAAGACAUCGAUUUUCAGCAGCCCAAGAAGGAAAAGAAGAGGAAGUUCUGAAACGAGAUUUCUGAAAUUUCAGACAUUGCAACACGUUGCCGUGAUGGAUUCAAAUUGGAGUAGAAUCCUAUAUGCAUAAAGAAGCAUCCCAAUUGAUCUCAACACAUCUAGAGCUAGAUAUUAUAACCUGGGAGACUGGGACAUGCAUAACAUCAAGAAACACAUGUGAAGCAAAUAAAU